ACCCAGACAGCUUCAGCGAGGGCCAGUUCACCAUCACAGAUAUGUCAGGAACAGAGGUGGAUGGAGAUAUCUUUGAUGAGGUUGUCAAGUCGGGUGUCCUGACCUUCAAGGUCCCUUUACCAGUAAUGGAUCUGGAUGUUGAGCUGGUUGCAGAUCAAGCAUCCUCCUCUGUAUUGACAUCGCUGUCCCCAACUUCAUCCCAUUCAUCCUUGGUAGUGGCACAGACUGCACUAUCCCCAGCUUUAUCCCAUUCAUCUGAUUCCACCGUUAUUCUGGAGUCCACAAGAAAAAGGAGGAACCCAACAGGGUUAAUGGACCAGAAUGAAGCAAAACAGAUGGUUGAGGGUGUUCUGAGGGCCAAUCCAAAGGGUGAAGAAGUCUUUAAUGAGUAUGAUAAGACUAAAACACUAACUGAUGCAACCCGUAAACAAAUGGUGAACAUCCUGGUUGCAGAUAUGAUAGAGCUACAUGGGAGGGUUCCACCGUCAAGUGUAAGGACCAAUUAUGCACUGGGAAUUGUGACUCUUUUUCCAUACCUCCGUGAUCCAUUCUCCAAACUUGGAUAUGAUGGGACAGUGAUAUGUCUUCAAUCCUUUUGCUGCUGCAUCUACUCCCUCCAACUUCAAGGGGCCAGAAAAAAACUGCCAAGAUCAGUUCAGCUCAAGCAACCAGCCAUCUUGUUAGAUAUCUUAAGGAAGGAGCCAGUAUUCCUACCUUCCUUGAGAGUGUCGACGCAAACAACCGUUCCUCCUUUGCAUCGGUGAGCAAAAGAAGAAUAUCCAAAGGUUCUACCUUAUUAUCGACCGAAAACCACUCCCGUGCAAGGCACACACAUCAGUGGCAGCUUUAGACAUUACAUUUG